AGGUGGUUUCGUGUGCAAUGAAGCAUCAAGAAAUGAACCAUUACUCGAAUCAGUGGCUGAAGUGUUACAAUGCUUCAUGCAGCUUCAUCUCACAUCACUAAUGUUGACAUUGGGCAGGAAUUUUCCCUGUGAAACGUACUUUUCCCAAGUGUUUAAUGAGUCUAUAGAAUGUAUGAGUACUGAAAUAAAUGGACUCACCUGUAAAGGCUUGGCGGGGGCCAGUAAAAAAAAAAAAAAAAAAAAAACGGAAUGGGGAGCAUAUGGCCCGCCGGCCAUAUUUUGGUCACCAUUGUAAACUGAGGCGAGCCAAUGAUGACGUCACGCAAAUGCGGUUGCACAGUCCAAUCGGAUGAGUCGUGUCCUCAGGGCUGCUGUGUUACAGAGCCACCAGAAGGGGACGCUCCCGUACCACUGUUGACUGUUGCUUUGGUCACGUGACACGCCGACGUCGAGUUGUUCCCCAGCUCCCUGAGUAGUCAUGGCGGUGUCCGGGAGUAUCGGGGAUGGAGUAAGUACCGCAGCAGCAGCCUCGUGAUUCCUUCUCGCCACCUUCAUGCGGGACUGUAUCCUCCGGUGGCCGAGAUAUCACGAAGACCCCGCAGGCUGCUCGAGCUUCCCCCCGCCAUGGCCGACCGCGGCGUCGAGUUGUCGGCUCUGCCAAAAGAGGUCAGGGACCAGCUGGCGGAGUUGGACCUGGAGCUGUCCGAAGGUGACAUUACACAGAAGGGCUAUGAGAAGAAAAGGACCAAACUCCUGGCUCCAUACAUCAUCCACACACCAGUGGAACCGCCAACGAGGAACAAUGUACAGCCACCUGCUUCUAGCUACUCUUCCAGCCACAGGCCUCCCCCCUCUAGCGCAUCCCGUUACCGUGAACGACGUUCCCGUAGAACACAUCGCAGUGGAGGAACCAGGGAUGACCGCUACAGAUCAGAUAUCCACUCUGAAGCAGUACAAGCUGCUUUGGCUAAACAUAAAGAAGAAAAGAUAGCACUGCCCAUGCCUACUAAACGGCGUUCAACCUAUGUGCCGUCCCCCAUUGAAACACGCACGCCACCUGACUCCUCAUCGGCCUCUGAGGACGAGACAUCCGUGCGCAGGCAGUCGUCUGUGGUCGUCCCCGCCCCUUUGUUCAAUCCCAGUCUGCAGGGCCCCGACUGCUGGAUCAAUCGCUCUGCCCAGGGCUCGUCCACAUCGUCAUCGGCGUCCUCCACCUUGUCCCAUGGAGAGGCCAAGCCGCAGCCUCACAACCAGCCUCAGCCUCAGUACAAGCCUCAGUAUCAACCUCUGUACAAGCCUCAGUACCAGCCGCACUACCAGCCCCAGCCCCAGCACGAGCCGGCGCCGCCGCACGCUGCCGCCAUCACCGACUUGAUGGCUAAUAGUCGCAUCGCCCCCCCUGAGAACAGCGCCCCGCCUCCAGAUGUGACCGCUGUCGUCCCUCCAGCCAGAGGCCCGCGGGUUGACUUGCCCUCCAACGCUACAGUCCGUGGGAUGAGUCGAGGGCAGAGCCGCUCCAGCAUGAUGGAGACUGCAGACGGAAGAAUUAAUCUGCAGAGAGUUCCAGUGAACAGCAGGGUGUCCACUAAGAUCCAGCAGCUACUCAACACGCUGAAAAGACCAAAGAGGCCCCCCCUUAGUGAAUUUUUCACAGAUGACUCUGAGGAGAUAGUAGAAGUCCCCCAGCCAGAUCCCAACACACCAAAGCCAGAGGGCCGUCAGAUCAUCCCGGUGAAGGGCGAGCCCCUGGGGGUGGUCAGUAAUUGGCCCCCAGCCCUGCAGGCUGCUUUGGCCCGAUGGGGAGCGACCCAGGGGAAAAGCCCUGCCCUCACAGCUCUCGACAUAACAGGCAAACCGCUCUACACGCUGACUUAUGGGAAGCUGUGGAGUCGCAGUGUGAAACUUGCGUACACUCUCCUAAACAAACUGGGCACCAAAAAUGAGCAGAUUCUUAAGCCCGGAGACAGGGUGGCACUUGUGUACCCCAACAGUGACCCUGGGAUGUUCUGGGUAGCCUUCUAUGGCUGCCUCCUGGCUGAGGUCAUACCUGUACCAAUAGAGGUGCCGCUCUCACGUAAGGAUGCAGGCAUCAGCCAGGUGGGCUUUCUCCUUGGUAGCUGUGGUGUGGGCCUGGCGCUGACCAGUGAGAUCUGUCUGAAGGGUCUACCCAAGACCCCCACUGGGGAAAUAAUGCAAUUCAAAGGAUGGCCUCGCAUGAAGUGGGUGAUUACGGACUCAAAGUACCUGACCAAGCCUUCCAAAGACUGGCAGCCGCACAUCCCGACGGCCAACACAGACCCUGCCUACAUCGAGUACAAGGCAAAUAAAGAGGGCACCGUGGUAGGCGUUGCGGUGUCUAAGGUUGCCAUGCUGACCCACUGCCAGGCGCUGACCCAGGCCUGCAACUACUGUGAGGGUGAAACAUUAGUGAAUGUUUUAGACUGUAAGAAGAACAUGGGUCUCUGGCAUGGGGUUCUCACGGCUGUGAUGAACAGGAUCCACACUAUAAGUGUCCCCUAUGCAGUCAUGAAGGCAUGUCCUCUCUCCUGGGUGCAAAGAGUUCACAUCCACAAAGCCCGUUUAGCUUUGGUGAAGUGUCGGGACUUGCACUGGGCCAUGAUGGCCCACCGGGAGCAGCGAGACAUCAGCCUGGUGUCGUUACGUAUGCUGAUUGUUGCUGAUGGCGCCAACCCCUGGUCGGUUUCUUCCUGUGAUGCCUUCCUUAAUGUUUUCCAAUCCCACGGUCUGAAGCCUGAGGUCAUCUGCCCCUGUGCCACAUCCCCUGAGGCCAUGACAGUAGCAAUACGCAGACCUGGAUUACCGGGUGCACCACUUCCUGCCCGUGCCGUCCUUUCCCUUGGCGGCCUGAGCCAUGGUGUCAUUAGGGUCAAUACGGAGGACAAGAAUUCUGCCCUUACCGUGCAAGACGUAGGGCAUGUCAUGCCAGGAGCUCUAAUGUGCAUAGUCAAGCCAGACGGGCCUCCUCAGUUGUGUAAAACAGAUGAGAUAGGCGAGAUCAUAAUCAACUCUCGGGCUGGAGGCACCAUGUACUACGGCCUGCCUGGGCUCACCAAAAACACCUUUGAGGUGAUACCGGUCAAUGCUAACGGAGUUCCCAUUGGCGAGAUUCCAUUUGUGCGGUCAGGGCUCCUGGGCUUUGUCGGGCCAGGGAGUCUGAUCUUUGUCGUCGGCAAAAUUGAGGGUCUCCUCCAGGUGAGCGGACGGAGACACAAUGCUGACGACCUAGUAGCCACGGCACUCGCCGUGGAGCCAGUCAAGACUGUCUACCGUGGAAGGAUUGCUGUGUUUUCGGUCACUGUUUUCUACGACGAGAGGGUCGUGAUUGUGGCAGAGCAGAGGCCAGACGCCAGCGAGGAGGACAGCUUCCAGUGGAUGAGCCGGGUACUUCAGGCAAUUGACAGUAUCCACCAGGUGGGCCUCUACUGCCUGGCUCUGGUCCCAGCCAACACUUUACCUAAAACACCUCUGGGGGGCAUCCACAUCUCUGACACCAAGCAGUUCUUCUUAGAGGGCAACCUGCACCCCUGCAACAUCCUCAUGUGUCCUCACACUUGUGUCACCAACCUGCCUAAACCCCGUCAGAAGCAGCCAGUUGGUGUUGGUCCUGCAUCUGUGAUGGUGGGAAACCUGGUGGCAGGGAAGAGGAUCGCCCAGGCGGCAGGCAGAGAGCUCGGCAUGAUCGACGACCAGGAUCUUGUCCGGAAGCUCUGUAUGUGGCCCACCGUCAUGCAUCAAUACUUGACGGAGGCUCUACAGUGGAGGGCACAGACAGAUGCAGAUCAUGUUCUCUACGUGCUUCUUAACGCCAAGGGUGUGGUCGUGAGCACGGCGACCUGCAUUCAACUUCACAAACGAGCUGAAAAGAUCGCCGCUGCGCUCAUGGAGAAAGGCAGCAUCAACACUGGCGAGAACGUUGUGUUACUUUAUCCUCCUGGUAUUGACUUGAUCGCGUCAUUUUAUGGAUGCCUCUACGCUGGCUGUGUGCCCGUAAACGUCAGACCUCCACACCCCCAGAACCUAGCGGCCACUCUUCCUACUGUCCGUAUGAUCAUUGAUGUCAGCAAAGCGGCAUGUAUCCUCACAAGUCAAAAUCUUAUGCGGAUACUGCGCUCCAAGGAGGCUGCUGCAUCUGUAAACAUUAAAACAUGGCCAACAAUCAUUGACACUGAUGACCUUCCUCGCCGCCGGCCUCCUCAAAUCUAUAAACCACCCACAGCAGAGAUGAUAGCAUAUCUGGACUUCAGUGUUUCCACUACUGGCAUGCUCACUGGGGUCAAGAUCUCGCAUGCAGCAGUCAGUGCACUGUGCCGCUCUAUAAAGCUGCAGUGUGAGCUCUACUCUUCUCGCCAAAUCGCCAUCUGCCUGGAUCCUUACUGCGGUCUGGGCUUUGUCUUGUGGUGCCUCGCUAGUGUUUACUCAGGUCACCAAUCCAUCCUCAUACCUCCUUUUGAGCUGGAGAGCUGUUUGUCUCUGUGGCUGAGCACCCUCAGUCAAUACCGCGUCAGAGACACCUUCUGCUCUUACUCCGUCAUGGAGUUUUGCACAAAAGGGCUGGGCACGCAAACAGAGUUGCUCAAGGCCCGUGGGGUCAACUUGUCAUGCGUGCGGAGUUGUGUGGUGGUUGCAGAGGAGCGCCCUCGCCUGGCCCUGACGCAUUCCUUCUCCAAGCUGUUUAAAGACCUGGGAUUGUCAACCAGAGCCGUCAGCACUGCUUUUGGCUCCAGAGUGAAUCUGGCUGUCUGCCUGCAGGGUACUACUGGUCCUGAUCCAUGCACAGUGUAUGUGGACAUGAAGUCCCUCCGCCAUGACAGAGUGAGGCUGGUGGAGAGGGGAGCUCCUCAAAGUCUUCCCCUGAUGGAGUCUGGCAAGAUACUGCCAGGCGUCCGAGUCAUAAUCGUAAAUCCAGAGACCAGAGGGCCACUUGGAGACUCUCAUCUUGGAGAGGUCUGGGUGAACAGUCCUCACAAUGCCAGCGGCUACUACACCAUCUAUGGAGAGGAGAGUCUACAGGCUGACCACUUUAACACCAAGCUCAGCUUUGGAGAUCCACAGACCUUAUGGGCCAGAACUGGAUACUUGGGCUUUGUGAAGAGGACAGAGCUUCUGGAUGCCAGUGGGGAUCGGCAUGAUGCUCUUUUUGUGGUGGGCUCACUGGACGAAACCUUGGAGCUUCGAGGGCUUCGCUACCACCCCAUUGAUAUUGAGACAUCAGUGUCUCGUGCCCAUCGCAGUAUCGCUGAGAGUGCUGUGUUUACUUGGACCAACCUUCUGGUGUUGGUGUCAGAGCUGUGUGGCUCAGAGCAGGACGCGCUGGACCUGGUGCCUCUGAUAACAAACGUUGUCUUGGAGGAGCACCACCUCAUUGUGGGCGUGGUUGUCAUUGUGGACCCCGGGGUCAUACCCAUCAACUCCAGGGGGGAAAAGCAACGCAUGCACCUUCGUGACUCGUUCCUGGCAGACCAGCUGGAUCCAAUCUAUGUUGCUUACAACAUGUGAGAGGUUGUGGCAAUCUGUCACAGAGUCCCAUGUGACACCCCACUGCAUGCCUGUGACUGGACCCGUCAAGUUUGAAUAUUCACUGUGUUUUAUUGAUAGAUUUGUGCAAAUCAUUCAAAAGCAGCAACCAGGAGUGUUUGCUGCCAGGAGUGUUUGAUUACAAGUGAGUGAGCCCCCCCCCCCCCACCCCCACCUCCCUCACAAAGAAAAGUCCUUACUGACUUAAACUUUUGGUGUAAAGGGCCGAACAUGAGACCACUUUUGAAAUUCUGUAUUAUUGCCUUUAAAAAAAAAAAAAAAUUGGAAUAUUUACCACAAACCUCCUGAAACACGUUCCUCUUAGUGGUGACACUGAUUCAAAGAGCUACUACUCAACUUGAAAUGUUUUUUACAUGCAGCUUUCAAACAAUGCACUCGCAUGCAUGUGCUGAGCCUCACUGAUAAAUAUUUAUAUCUUUUUUAAGAUGGUCUUUGACAGCAAAUGUGUAACGAGCUGCUUGUCUGUUCGUUAUUUAGUUAGAUUAUAUGUCCUAAGAAGUCCUAUUGAAGACACAGGACACAGCUUUCCUGCCCUGAUAUACUAUUUCCUGCCUUAUAAACUUUCAGCCAUACAUUCCUUAUUCAUUUUAAUAAAUCUAUUUUUAAUGGCUGUUUAUUAAUCUUUGGCUUUGAUUGGCAAACAGCCAAAAGAUAAAAAAAUAAGAGGCCUGUACUGUACUUUCAAAGCCUCCAUGUAUUUUCGAUACUCUGUCACUGUAAAGAUAUUUUUAUGUGUAUAAAUGUAUAAAACUCUACACUCAUCAGCUGAUGAAUCCUAGAGGGUUGGCUUGGCUGCGAGAUGGUAGCAGAAGGAAGACUGUAAAUAAGAUUGAACAAAUUCGAUGGUACUUGCAAUAUUAAUCAUAUGCCAGUGGGUCAAAAUAAAUACCUGUAAAUCAUCAGACAUGACAUGAUAAAUAUAAUGUUGCACUUUCUUCAAAAACAUCUAUUUUAUUACAACAGUAAGGCAUUGUAACUAACAUUUCAGGAACAUAUUACCUGGCAUGACGGCCUCAUGAGUUUACCAGGAGGGCUGUCGCUGUUUGAGGCCAUAAAAGAAACAUUUUUUAAAAAUUGUAAAUGAGCAGCACUAAGAACGCGCCUUUCUACCUUCACAGCACUGAAAGCGCUUUACACCAUUGCCUCGUUUAGCCAAUCACAUGCUGACGAUGAGCGAGGUAACAGACCAACUUGUGCAUAUGCUGAUAACACAGCAUCAGGAGCGGGUAGAGGUUAUACGUGUAAAGAUCAUGGCAGAAACAAUCGAAUGACUGUUUACAGGAUGUAUGUUUAUUUUGUUGUUACUUUUCCAAAUAAGAGAACCAAAUUCAUCAAAUAUAUGUUAUAGUGGUACAGUACUGGAUUACAUCUGUUCUCCUCCACUUUAAGGUCAUUUAAAUGUGUCUCUUUGGAACAUUGUGAAGGGUUCAUUUGCAGUUCUAUGAAGUUUGUCGUUUGGGUGGUCAGCAGCAAGUCAUGUAUUUGGAUUCUUCACUAUCUGGAUCUGUAAACGCUAGUGGCAAAACAUGACUAAAAUCCGUUUAACUGGGAAAAAUGGAAUUAUUUGCAUUAAGAGGCAUGUGCAAAUGACAUGCAAUUGUGUGCUUCUUUUGUGAUCUUUGCCAUCAUUUGUAGGGACUUUGUACUGGAAAAUAGUAUCUAGGUGAUGAACACUUUUUACAUGUAGUUAAUGUUUUCAGAUAUGUCUCAUUACAAACUGGCUAACACAAUGUUGGAAAUAUCACUGCAAGAUAUGGAAAUGCAACGCUUUGCACUGUCGUACAUACUGUAAGUCAUCUCAAGAUGUUAUAUCCCCAUUUCAAGUUUCAUAGAAGGCAUUCCGAAGUUUCCAAAUCUACUGCUUGUCAUUUGGUUUCACCCCAUGUUUGGAGCAGAAUGUUGCAUCACUCAAAAAAAAAAAUGUGAGCAUCUCAUCUUAUACAUAUAUAUGUAGAGCGAGAGAGAGAGAAUUUAGAUAUCAGGGAACCAAACUUAACACAGGGAUGGACCAGGUGGUCCUUGGUGCAAAUCAUUAAAUAGAGUAUUUUGCAUAAACCUUAUGAACAAAGACAAGCAAAUACUGUCCAUCUACAUUCCACCUGCAUUGCUAAGAAGUCUACAUGUCUCUUUUUGGCUUCCUGCUAUUCUUCGUCAGUUCCUACACACUAUGCAAACGUGAUGACAGUGCAGUUUUGUUGAAGCUGGCACAGUCUGGUCAACAAUGCUCAUACAUUUUGAAUUACUAUGAAGUCACUGAUCAUGUUUAAAAAGUUUUUACGGUGAUGUUAAUCUCUCGAGUUGUUCUGUUGAUAUUGUGUAUGCACCCUCGGCAUGUUGUAUAAAUAUUAAGUAUUUGAUUAAUUCUUAACUCCUCUGUGAAGGUAUGAUUACACUAAAGGAGGCAGUUCAACUCAAUGUAAUCCAGAAAUCUAGGUGGUACACCCCUUCUGUUCUCACUUAUUUUAUAAUUUGCUCAGUUGUACUUUGAUUUAUACUGUAAAAGUAAUAUAAAAAAAUAAAGAAAAGCAUUUAAUCAUC